AUGGAAACUCCAGUCGCGACAAACCCUCCUACUACUCCAGUCCAAGAGAUUACAGUGAAUGCCCCGUUCGAUUUCGAAAUCGAUAAGACAAAAUUUACUCACUGCCGUAUUUCUCCAGUUCAAGCACUGGAAUUGCCGGUGUAUGAAUAUGUCAAGGGUGUGUUGAUUGAUAAGUUUGCCCGGCAAGUGAAGUUUGCGACGAAUGAUCCGGUUCUUGUGGGUCAAUUGGUUUCGUUGUACGAGACUCUGGCGACACAACUGAAGCAGUAUUAUCCCGAUCGUGAGCUCGAAAAGCCAUUUAAGAUGAUUAACGAGGGUACGCUGGUGAUGUUUAUCAAGCUCGACAAGGAUAGUGCGUUCAUCGGCGCGAACACCCGGAGGCCAGUCCAACCCCGCAUCGGCUUCCCACUCGUCGGAAGAUCGGUCGUUCGUAUUGACAAGAUCAAUGUCGGUGCCAAAUUGCGAAUGAAUGUCGUGUUGGCCAGUAUGGAGGUGAAUUGA